CUGGAUGGCCGCAUCUGAUCAUAGCAUCCUGCAGUUUCAUUACAUUUCAAAGCACAGCAAGGACUUCCUUUGAUAAAAAAAAAAAAAGGAAUGACAGCGGGAUUUACCCUUUGAUUCCAAUCUAUUUGGAGGAACCGCCAUCACUACAGGAGUCUUUUUCUGUCGUUGAAUCAAGAAAACAAAAGCAAGAUUUAUUUUUGCACAGGUUGGUGCAAUGGAGCAAUAAGCGGUGUUUGCACGCACCGAACCCCUUUAAAUUUAUUACCAUCUUCUUCUUUGAAUGCAUGCCUUGGAAUCUCCUCAGUAACUGUAUACAUAUCGCUGGACAUGGCAAAUCAGACAUAUUCAGAUGACUACAGCAAGACAUACAUUGCCGUGGAGACUGUGAUUGGAAUUGUAGCUGUUUUGGGCAACAUCCUGGUCAUCUGGGCAGUGAAACUAAACCCAAGCCUGCAGAAUACAACCUUUUUCUUCAUUGUGUCUCUUGCCUUUGCAGACCUGGCUGUGGGGGUCCUGGUCAUGCCCUUGGCCAUUGUAGUAAGCCUGGGCAAACAUUUGCAUUUCCACUCCUGUUUGUUCAUGUGCUGUCUACUGAUUAUUCUGACCAAUGCCUCCAUCCUAUCCCUGCUUGCAAUAUCCAUUGACAGAUACUUGAGAGUUAAGAUACCUACAAGGUAUAAAUCUGUGAUCACGACUAGGAGAAUAUGCGUAUCGAUCUGGUGCGUCUGGAUAGUGUCACUCAUAGUGGGGCUGGUGCCGAUGUUUGGAUGGAACAAUAGAUCUACAUUAAAGGAAGAAGAGAAAAACUAUCUCAAGUGCAAAUUCGAAAGUGUUAUAAGGAUGGAUUAUAUGGUUUACUUCAAUAUUUUUGGAUGGGUUUUUCUUCCCUUGCUGAUUAUGCUAGCUUUAUAUAUUGAGAUAUUCUAUCUGAUCCGGAAACAUUUAGCAAAAGGUAAAUCCAACGUCAAAGGCAAAGGAAUGUUCUAUGGCAAUGAGUACAAGACGGCCAAAUCUCUCUCCCUUGUUUUGUUGCUGUUUGCCCUUAGCUGGUUGCCACUGUCCAUUCUUAAUUGCCUUAUCCUCUUUAAACCAUCUGUAAAAGAUUCCAGUGUAUUCCCGUCAGCCCUACUUAUUGCUAUUUUACUGUCUCAUGCCAACUCUGCAAUGAAUCCCAUCAUCUACGCUUUUAAAAUAAAAAAGUUUAAAGAUAGCUACAUUCAGAUUAUCAGAUCAUACAUUUUGCACAGAGUCAUGUUGACUGAAAGUCUAAGUGGUGAGCAUACACUGGAUGAAAUAUCUCAGGAAUGAUUGAAGAAUACAUAACAUAAUCUGAAACUGAACCAGAAGGAGAUCAAUUAUGGAUGCAGAUGGAUGGGACUACCACAGAACAUUCUGUACCAUGCUGGAUUGUGUACAUCAUUGCAACAAACUGCGUGUACUGGUAAUAACACAUUGUAUAAUUAUUAAAGGGGUUGUUCGAAGUAUGAACGUUAUCCCCUAUUGACAGGAUAAGAGGGAACUAACUGAUCAGUGGUAGUACGACUGCUGGAACUCCCACCAAUCUGGAGAGUGGGGGUUGCAUGUUCCUAUCCUGAUGGAGUGGCAGGCCAAGCAUGCACCCUGUUGCUCCAUUCCUUCUCUAUGGGACUGCCAGAGAUAGCUGAGUACAAUGUUUUAUUUGGUAAAAUAACUAUGCAAGUACAAUGUUUGGCUAUUUGCGGCAGUCCUAUACCGAAUGAAUGUAGAGGCAGGGCACGUUGUCGCCCUACCUGCUCCAUCAGAAUGGGAACAUAGGAUCGCUGUUCUCAAGAUCAGUAGAGGCCCCAGUGAUCAAUUAGUUAUUCUCUAUACUGUGGAUAGGGGUUCAUACUUCCAACAACCCUUCAAAGCUGUAGCACGAAACUGUGAUUAGUUAUUUAAAUAACAUGUAGGAACCAUAAAGAAUAUGUGAUGGUAGAGAGGAGGUAUGAAGUUAUUUUAAGGGGUAUGAACAUCUUUACAACCAAUACUUGUGAUUGUGAUAUUCAAAUACAGCAAAUUUGAAACUCA